AAUGGAAUCAGAAUCAUUCACCAGAUUCGGUAGCCGGCAGUUGAAAGUAACCCUCAAGGACGCCUUGGGUGCGGCGACUAUGGCGGAUAAAGUCCAGUCGAUGUUACUUUGACCGGGAUAUAUGACUCCGCUAGGCAUGUAUGUGUCGACGCCACCCAGGUACCGAGAUCCUGUUAAUAUUCCGCGAUAGGAAGGACGAUAUGUCGUAAAACCAGAGCUUGGCGAUUGUGGCGUGAGCUAGGGUGGUUAAUGGUGAGAUGGUGAGAUAAAAUGUGUCCGUGGCCCUGUUCCGUAGGUAGGUGUGGAUGAGGGUUUUUAAAGUUAUGUGUCUGUCCAUUGUAGGUCGUCAGGAGAAGAAGACGAGUGAAUGAAGUAAAUAUAGGAGAGAGAGAGAAAGUGACACCAUGUUUCUUCGUCUAGUUUACCUCCUACCGCUAUCAUACACGGCGGCGGCAGCAUUGCUCGCCAAAGCCGGCGAGGGCUUGGAGGCACAGGCACAGGCACAACCACUCCUCAUCACGAAUAAGAGAACAACAAACCUCUCAUCCUGCACCUCCGGCUCCAACCCCACGACCUUCACCCUGCAGAACAUGCACUACCUCCAGCACCUGACCUACUACUCCCCCGGCGCACCCACGCCCAUCAACAGCACGCAGCUCGUCUUCGACGUCCUGAACAACGCCAACGGCAUCCUCACAGGGUGCAGCCUGCAGGAUGUGAUGGUCGGCGGCGUGUGGGGAGACGUGAGGGACUACUGGUUUCAAUGUGGCGAUCAGAGUAUUGAGGCGGAUGGGCGGGAGUUCCCGGUUAGGACGAGUGCGAAUUUCCCGUUCGAUGACUGGACGCUGAGGGUUAAUCAGACGUGGGAUUGCGGGGAGGGGUAUGUUGACUGUCUUUUCCUUUGAUCGGGAGUGACUACUGAACAGCAAGUUUAGCACUGUACCGAAGCACAUCUCGACCGCGACGCUGCAGCCAGAUUGCACGAAGACCGAGACGGGGUUCGAGCUCAUAGACGAGUGCACGGUUCCUGACGAAGAGGUGCCCGCGAAGAGU